UCGAACCACGAUCCCGGCUGAACGCGCCGCGAAAUCCGUGCGACUCGAGUUCACGUGCGAGCCUUUCCUUUAUCGAACACGCCGCGCCGUGCAUGCAGAGGCAAGCAACCGUGCAACGAGGUAGCAACGCCGGCGUCGUUGCUAAGUGAUGAAGAGAAACGAAAACGGUGUCCAUGCUCGUGUAACGUGCUCGUGUAACCCGUCCCGAGUCCUGUCGGUGUAAAAAUUAUGUAACCACGUAGGAAGAGGAGGCUCCGAGCAUGAGAAUACGCAGCGCCUCAGUGUUGCCAAGGAGCGUUUGGAAAAUCGGCGAACUAGCGGAGAAGGGAACAAAGGAUAAUCCCGUGGAGGAAAGUUCGUGGAAGAACACAGAGAAUCGUAGACAAUCGUAAUCGUGGAACUAUAGCACGGAAGAAAGGAAAUGGAAGCCACCGAGUGGAAUAUUACCGAAAAGAAUGUAAAGAACGAUCGAAACGGAUGUCUGAGAGAAAUAACGAAGAUGUUUGAGCAUUAAAGAGGAGGAAAGCAGAGAAGUGGAAAGCUUUGGAGAAUUUUCUAUUUGCUUCUGAAGCACGUAGAAAGCAAACGCAUAUUUUUCCAUUAAAACGUUUCCCCAACAUUUCCACGUGAACUGCGUUAAUGAGGUUUUAAUGAAAAGAAAGAAUCGCCAUGGGUUCGCAAAUGAAAUCGUAAUUCUAAAAAAGCGUAAAUCCUGGACCAACGGGAGCAAUCACGUGCGCGAGUAUAGGAGAGCUUGAUACAAAUGUCGGAGUGAAUUCGAACGAAUUUUCGACGAUUCCGAAUUAUCGUGAACGAGAACAGGCUAGCUCGUUAGCGAUUAGAAUUACUUGGAAAGCUUUAAAUUGAAUCCGGCGCUGGCUUCACGCUGGUCUAUGACAAUCUUGGAAUCGCGAUUGAUUCGAUCGUUCGGAGUUGGCGAGUCCAUGAUCGGAAAUUCAUGUUCCAUCAAAGUUCUUCGUCACGAUAAGGAAUGCAGCUUUGUGAAACACGGCGAGUGCAGCAUGGUGUCGCGCUAAUUUCACGGGGUGAUUAAGUCGAGCCACAAAGGAAAAGUGGAAUCGCUGGCAUCUGCCGCAUAGCAAUUCCUGGUAUUCGAAGGAUCGAACAAAAUGGCGAGCCGCAUGAAAGCGUUAUACAAUCAGGUUAUCUUCGAAAGGCGAAUUUUGCUUGGUUGCACUGUCUUGGUGGGCCUGUCAGUGUGCAUAUGGUUGGUUGCCAUUGGAACCGAUCAUUGGUUCACGGUCGAAUCACCGGAUAAAGAAGGUUUACCCCUCGGAGGGCUGUCUAAGGGUAAAAGAUUAAUCUACAGGCAUAGUGGUCUCUGGAAAGGCUGUGUCGAAGGGCUGGCUCCAAACUCCGAAAAUUCCACGGAGAUGAUCCCCUUCAACGAGUGCACGAAGCAGGAUAUGUUCCCGAGCGACAAGCAGUUCAAGUUGAAUCCAGGAUUGAACACCGUAGUCAAUUAUUCGAGGACGCAGGUAUCGUUCGCGUUAAUCAGCCUGUUUGUGAUGGUAAUGGGCUUUUUCUUCUCCAUCUACACGUUCCGCAAUCCACGAUACAUGUUCAAGCGACUGGCCGGUGGAAUACAUUUCAUUAGCGGCGCAUGCAACAUGGUGGUGAUACAAGUGCUCUUGUCCUCGAUCGAGUUCGAGAGAGAACACUUCCAUUCAACGUUCCCGAGGCAUGGGAUCCUGAGGUACGAUUUUUCUUUGAUCCUGGCCUGGAUCGUGUUCCUCUGCAACCUGCUCGCAGGCUGUGCCUUCAUGCUGUUCUCCAGGAAGCGGAAGAGGGACAAGGCACCUACGGAAGAGAUCGCGAUGGCCGACGAGCCGACAAUUAUCGGUCGUUGAUUGGCUUGAUCGUCACUUCUUAAUUGAUCGAACGAUGCGUGCGUUGUUAGAGACUGUCGCCUGUGCGAGAGGAAAUAUGUGAUCCGUGAAAAUGAAUUUGACGAAGGUAAAAGACGCGAACGUACUGCGCAUCGUAGGCGAAGAAACGCGCGAAGACAAUCGUUCGAACGAUUGUCGGGAAUAGCAAGUAUUUCGAGAAUUGUCGACCAAGUGAAUCGAGAAGUUCGAUAUCGGUGCGUUUGCACGGUGGUUUCGAUUUUAUUUACCUUUCAUUGGCCGGAGGGCGAUUAACCGUGUUUCCUUCGCGUUCGAUUCGGUUCGUCAUUGGUUAUUUAUUAAAAGACAGAACGCAAAUGCACCUCGAUAUCGAAUCCUCCGGCUCUCCCAUGUGGUUCGAGCAAUCGAUGUAAUCGAAAGGCUGCCCCGUGUUGAACAUUUCGGAAAAACAGGAUAGAAGAUAAAUUAAUCGACAGAUGAUAUUUUUGUAUUACCUUGGAAUAUCGAAAUCUAGGAUAUCGUUAAUGACCGGGACCAUCGAACAUAAAAUUUGCAUCUCUCGUGGAAUUUCUGCCAAAAUGAAGUAAUCGAUUUAACGUAGACAAAAUUCUAGAGGAACAAAUAUUCGCGAAAUACGGUAUUAAUACUAGUACUGAUUAUAGCACGGUAUUAGUAUUAGUAUUAGUACUCGUUGGAGAUCUAAGCUUCUAAUUCUGCCAUCAGAAUUGUGCUCGAAUAUCUGACAACCGAAUAUUUCUGACCACAAGGAAUAGACUAUCACGUGCAACAGAUCCCGAUGUAAUCACGUUUAUUUUUCUACGCGAAUCUCUAUAUUUUUCUACCUCCUUCGAAUAAUCUACUAGUAAAUUAAAACAGAAAAAGAAGGAAAAAGAAAGAAUAUAAACAAAAAGUGUCUUAAAAAGGAAAACGUCACGAAUCAUUGUCAAAAUAAUUUGCAAUAAAUAAUACACUCUUAAAAGUGACAAUAUCUCUGUGUAAAUAAAUAUUUAGAACGUCAAAGUCGUUUCUAAACGAGAAGAUAGAAUUCUAGGAGUAGGGAUUUCGAAGCAAUUAGUACCUAUACACGUUUACCGUGCAAUAUAUCAAGUUCAGAAACUAUUUUGGGAUAACCUUAUAGCACAAGUGGAAACCUGCUGCGCUAAUUAAACUAAGAAAACAAUGUUCAACCCUGGAAAUUCACGAACCAGCAAUUUUGGGGGAGUUAGGAGGAAUUAUCGUGGAUUAGGUUUCUCGACAGAGUGAAGUUAUUGUCAGUAGCGCUGAUUGAAAUGGAUUCAAUUAGCGACCCAUUGCUAACACGUGCGAUAUGUAAUUCUGCAAAUUUUCACAUUUCACGGAACAAAGAAUAUCGCUUAACGUUGACAAGAUCCAUAAUUUCGUAACGCCUUUAUGAAAAUAAUUUCUGUAACAAAUUAACUUGGAAAAAUCUACGUUUAAGUUGUCCAACGAAGUUCAUUAUCUCGUACGCGUGUAAAGGAAUUAAAAUUUGUAAGAGACUUAUGGAUCUCGGCAAGGUACGAGUGAUCUUCAGUUGAACUUACGAUUCUAGUCAUCAAUGAUGCUACACCGUUCGUACAACCGUUCGAAUGGAAUUAUUUUCACGAAAAAUGUGUUUAAUAUCCAGUUCGACGUGACUUCAAGCGAUUAUUAAUUAAGUCUACGAUGCUAGUCGAUAAAGAUGCAACGUUCAAUUGUACAACUUUAUGUUAAGAUUACUAUAAUCCUCGUCAAGGGCACGUUAAUCAAAGUUCAAAGACACGACCAUUCUGCGUGUAAACUUUUAUAGAAAAUAGCUCGUCUUUAUAAGUAAAUACUAUCACGUCCAAUCUUAGCCAGCUCUCUAAGUAAACUCUGAGAAUGAUGCGAGUGUACCAUCGCGAAAAUGUUAAUUGCUUCCUUUAUCUAUCGAUUGAAAUACUCGUGCUUUAAACGUAAUUUGAAUUUCAAUUUUCUCGAAGUAAGCGAUAUACGGUAAAUAAAUAAUAAAAUCUUGCACCAUUCUCGUUCUCAAGCGUUUUAAUGUAGGAAGUUUCAGCAAUUUCCUGGUAUCGCGAAAAUCACUAUUUCUGAAACGAUGAUUUAUGUCGUAAAAUCACGCUAUACAGGAGAACUCGCGAGUGAAUGCUACUCGAACGAGCUUUUUACAUCGUCCCUUCUACGUGAAAAGCAAACAUGUGCCAUCGAUAUCAUUUAUCUUCUUAUCUACGAUGCAUCGCACUUUGUGGUUGUUUGAGUUUCGAGUUUGUUAUCCUUCGUAUCAAAGAUUACGUGAAAUCAAUUUUCGCUAAUCAAAGUUACUCUGAUUAUGGCAAAUAUUACCAGCGAUAGCUUCUUGUUCUGUAAUUUGUCAUAAUAUAUGAACGUUAAUUAAAUGCAAAUUAAUUAACGCAGAGAGGACCUCGAGGUAAAAGAGGAUUCAUAGGUUGCUUAUGUUAUUUUGCGAAAGUAUUACUGGAAUCUGAUCAUCGUUCUUGUGAUCUUUGAAGAACAGAUGGAUCAUUGCACCGAUUAGCGAAUAUUGAUCACAGAAUGAACUGCACAAAAGUGUCUGAUUGAAAGUUCCUUCGCCUUUUGCUUGUUCAGUAUAAGCAGCUGCCCACGCGUUCUGAUAAAAGACAUCUACUUUAUACACGUGUA